CACGUGAGUGUGCUACUACCUAAUUAAUUGUUCCUGCUACCUUCAAACACACCACAGCACAAGUGUUGUUUCGUUUCUUUGCGAAUUAUUGUGGAACCUGUUAUACUGAGCUAGAAAUUGAGGUUUGGAUCAUAUAUAUACCUCUAUAUACUCACUUCAUCUUCUUCAUUGGUUAACCAAGUAAGUCUUCAGUACAUAUACACUAUAACACCUCUGAUUAUAAUUUGUUUGAGAUGGAUGCUUCUUGCGGGAUUGUUGGAUUCAAGUAUGAUUGCUUGCUUUUCGAUAUGGACGAUACUCUCUACCCAUUGAGCUCAGGUCUCAAUUUGGCAUGUCGGAAGAACAUAGAAGAGUACAUGUUAAAACACUUGCAUAUGGAGGAAAGUGAAGUACCAAAGAUUUGCCUGGACUUCUACAAGGAAUAUGGGACAACUAUGGCAGGACUAAAGGCCUUUGGCUAUGAGUUUGAUAAUGAUGAAUUUCAUGCCUACGUGCAUGGAACACUACCAUACUGGAAACUGAAGCCAGAUCCAGUGUUAAGGAACCUUCUGCUUUCCAUGCCUCAGCGUAAAAUAAUAUUCACCAAUGCAGAUGAAGCUCAUGCACACCAAGUGCUCAACAGAUUGGGCUUGAUCGAAUGUUUUGACAGUGUCAUAUGCUUUGAAACGCUUAAUCCUCCUGAUCACACAGAUAAUCCCGUGCUAGCAUGGGGUAACUCGUUGAACAAAGAAGGUUGUAACCAGGUAGAGAGUGGAUGCUUUAACAAGACACAAAUCCUCUGCAAACCCUCUGUUGAAGCCAUUGAAGCUGCCAUUCAGAUUGCAAAUGUAGACCCAAGGAAAACGUUGUUUUUUGAUGACAGUGCUAGAAACAUUGCAAGUGGGAAAGCUGCUGGACUUAACACGGUUAUUGUGGGACGCUCAGAUUUGGUGCCAGGAGCUGACCAUGCACUGAACAGCAUUCAUAACAUCAAAGAAGCAUUACCCGAGAUAUGGGAAGCUGAGGGAGAUCAACAGCAAAUGAUCCAAUCUCAAGCAGUUGAAACCAUGGUCCUUGCAUAGAUUUUGCUUUGAACAAGCAAAUUUUUACUAUCUAUCAAUCCCAACCAUGGUGCAUAGCAGUUGGCUCCCCACUAAUAGUGAUGCUUAAAAAUGUAAAUCAUGUUGUUGGGAGCAUGUGAUGUAAACCCAAAUAACAAUAGCAUAAAGAAAUGGAAAUGAGAAUAUUAUUGUUCUAAAGAUUAA